AUGCGAGCUGUGUCGAGUCUCUUCUCACGCCUCGAGCCGUGGAUAGGCGUCGCCACGUCGGCCAGCGGCACGAGCGUCGCUGCGCGCGCGCGAUGCGCCGUGGCCGACGGCGGCGUGACGAUCCCCGAGGCGCAGCCGGAAGACACGGCCCUGUUUCUUCACACCAGCGGCACGACGGGCAAGCCGAAGGGGGUGCGCCCCUCUCGCACCACGCGCUCUCGGGCAGCAAACAUCACGGCGACCUACGACCUCACGGCCGCCGACAAGUGCUACCUGGUGAUGCCGCUCUUUCAUGUGCACGGCCUCAUGUCGGCACUCUUCUCGACCCUCUAUUCUGGCGGCGAGGUCAUCCUGCCGGCCAACUGCGCCGGGUUCCGCGUCGAGAUCUUUUGGCGCGACAUUGCGGCGUGCGGCGCCACCUGGUACACGGCGGUGCCGACCAUGCAGCAGCUUCUGCUCAAAGGGCUGGACAGCUAUGCGGCCGCGGGCCGGCCGCAGGUGCGCUUCAUCCGGUCCUGCUCCGCCUCGCUCCCGCCUUCGGUCCUGCAGUCGCUCGAGAAGGAGUUUGGCGCUCCGGUGCUCGAGGCGUAUGCGAUGACAGAGGCGGCCCACCAGAUCUCCUCCAACCCGCUGCCGAGCCGCGGGCCGCACAAGGCGGGCUCGGUGGGCAAGGGGACCAACGUCGAGAUUGCAAUCCUCCCGGAGGAGGGCGAGGCGGCGCUGCCGAACGGUGAGGUGGGCGAGGUGAGCGUGCGCGGCCGCAACGGCUACCACAACCGGCCCGACGCCAACGCUGAGUCCUUCACGCCAUCCGGCUUCUUCCGCACGGGCGACCUCGGCUAUCUCGACGAGGAGGGCUACCUCUUCCUCACCGGCCGCAAGAAGGAGCAGGUCAACCGUGGCGGCGAAAAGAUUGCGCCCGUCGCCAUCGACAAUGUGCUGCUUCGCUGCCCCGGAGUGUCGAGCCUCUUCGCCUUCGGCUCGCCACACGAGGAGCUUGGUGAGUCGGUGGUCGCCAUCGCGGUCCUCGACCCCGGCGCAGAGGUCAGCCUUGCACAGCUGAAUCGCUUCGGGCUCGACACCGGCGAGCUCUCAAUGCAGUGGCUCCCCGAGGCGAUCGUGUACGCAGACAAGGUGCCGAAAGGGCCGACGGGCAAGGUGCAGCGCGUCAAGCUCGCCGCCAUGCUCGGCAUG